AUGAAGCUGCUUAUCCUGAGCAUUGCGUUCCUGGGCGCUUUCCUGGCCCCCAUUUUCGCGACCAAUAACAUCAACGAAAGGAACCAGGGCAACGUUGGGGGCAGUUCCCACCAGUCCGUCAGCAUCGACAACCAGAAGCAGGUGGUGAACGUGGACAACAACAAUGGGUGGCACUCCUGGAACACCGUCUGGGAUUACCCCAGCGGCUAUGUCGCCACCCGGAUCCUGUCCAAGAAAGCCUGCAUCGUGUCAAAAAUGAACCCCGAGGUCAUGCCAGAUGUCACCACACUUCCCGAUACCAUCAGGAUCAAGCAGGUGAGGACCAAAGGAGGGUUCCUGCAAGUCAGUCCUGGGGACCGAACUAAAGGGCCUGCCCAGAAAGAGGUCACUUACAUAGUCUCCUCCAAGCGCAUCACGGACCUGACCCCGUACGGGAAGAACAUUCAGGCCUUAUGCAAAGGGAUCCCCACCUACCAGUCCUACGAAGCAAAAGGACGGAGCUUUGCCUACUUCUCUGGAUCCUGCUGGAGGGCAGACAUCCUCUGCGUUCUGGGGAUCAGCUAUUGUGGAGAAUCCUACCAGGACUACCAGUACUAA